AUGGCCUCCUCCAAGGCAGCGAUUGCCGCGGCGUUGAGGGACCAGGGCGAUCUCCCUGGUGUCCCGGUCCUGAGCCACCGCCGAAGCACAAGUUCGAGAAAGAUGACGGAACCACACUCGAUGAGUGCUCGGCCCAGCAUGCAUUCGUACUUUAACGGCCCCCCUGGCACAGCUGCCGCCGGUGACAACGAUGCAGUCGAGGACAAUUCCAACGAUGAGGAUACCCAAGCCUCAUCUAAGAACCUCAAGAAUCGGAACCGGCGAGCAAGUGAAGGAUCACACCUCAUCAAGGGCGAGGGCAAAAAGUCGGCUAUUGAAUUGAGGUGCGAUACUUGUGGCAAGGGCUACAAACACAGCAGCUGUCUCACCAAGCACCUCUGGGAACAUGAUCCCGCAUGGGCAAUCACGUCCAAGUUGCUCAUUUCCAAGCAUCAGCAGGUUCAGCUGCUUGAGGCUGCUUCGGUGUUGUGUAACAUGACUGCGGAGAAUUUGUCAGCUGGACAAUCCGAGAUUGAAAUCGCUGCGAUCGAUCCAAGCGAAGAUUCAUCUGCAUCUCCCGGGUUCUCCUCGUCCGAAAUGCAAGACGAACUCAGCUCGGUCGAGACCACCCCUCCCCCCAUGAGUGAGGCGGCGUACCCCGUGCCGGACUCGAAAAGGUUCAGCACGGGCAGCACUGGCUUCUCGCGGUCGUACAGAUCUAUUCCAUCGAGCUCGUACGCCGAGAGCUUUCAUUCACCGGGACUGCCACCUCAUCGACUCUCUGGGGUAGACUUCCGCCCCAGCACGUCUGGGACUGACGAUGGCACGCUGGCGGCUGCGACGGCAGGUCUCACGUUCAGCAGCGGAACUCCUCGUACCAAGCCUACUUAUCUAGGCGCCGAUGUGCCCCCUGUACCACCAUUGCCACAACAAUACCAAUCUUUCAACAGCAAAUCAUCCGACAGUACAUUGACAGCUAUAUAUAAUCCGUUGUUGCAGAUGCACCCGCCUGCGUUGACGCAAAACCUUUCGGACGAGCGCAACUACCGGGACGGGAGUGAUGACAGGGAUGUCCAGAUGGACGAUGAAGAGAUGUUCAGGAUGGAUCAAUAA